ACUCUCUCUCUCUCUCUCUUUCCUUGGAAUUUUUUUUUUGUUUGUUUUUUUGGUAAUAUAAAGAUUUUGAACUUGUUCGGGUGUUUAUCAUUUACAAAAUCUCUGGCGGGCAAACGGCCGGGAAAGGAAUUUAUGGGUUAUCAGCAAAUGGAAAUUCUAAAUGGAUCUGGUCUUUUGAGUUUAUCUACGCGAGAAAGAAUUAGGCUCUAUUUUGGUCGAUCGGAUUGGAAGUUUUCAGCAACAUGUUGGAGGGUCCAUCCUAUCUCGUGUCAAGGAACUUGCCUAGCUCGUGUGAGCAAGAGAGCAAGUGGAUUUAUAAUGCUUUUCGCGUGAUUGAGCUCUCAAACAGUAAGCAUCGAUUGGAAGAUCAUGGAGAAAUUCCCCUCAGAAAGUCGUGCAAGGUACAAGAUGCUCUUGAUCAAGGAUCGAGACAGCUAGUAAAGGACUUUCCUAAUAUCUUUGUUAUCCAGACAAACCAACCAGAUGAUCACGAUCAUUAUCAAAACCACACAGGGGCCCGUUCAGAUACGUGUUCUCUUAUCCACCAACUUGGUAGGGAUAUCUCAAUUAACUGUCUUCUUCGUUGCUCUAGAUCUGAUUAUGGUUCAAUCGCCUCAGUGAAUCAAAACUUUCGAUCUCUAAUUCGGAGUGGUGAGCUAUAUAGACUGAGACGGGAAAUGGGUAUUGUAGAGCAUUGGGUUUACUUUUCUUGCAACCUCCUUGAAUGGAAGGCAUUUGAUCCAAUUCACCGUCGUUGGAUGAAUCUACCUCAAAUGCCUGACAAUAAUUGCUUCAUGUGUGCUGACAAGGAGUCUUUGGCCGUUGGUACCGAACUUCUUGUCUUUGGAAAGGAGAUAACGUCCCAUGUUAUCUAUAGAUACGACAUUUUGACAAACACAUGGUCAUCCGGCAUGAGGAUGAAUAACCCCAGGUGCUUGUUCGGUUCUGCCAGUCUUGGGGAAGUCGCAAUUCUAGCUGGAGGUUGUGACCCACUUGGCAAUAUUCUAAAUUCAGCUGAGCUUUAUAAUUCAGAGACAGGAACAUGGGUGACUCUUCCAAGCAUGAAUAAAGCAAGAAAAAUGUGUUCUGGGGUAUUUAUGGACAACAAAUUUUAUGUCAUUGGUGGAAUGGGAGUGGGAACCUCAAGAUCUCUUACAUGUGGCGAGGUUUAUGACAUGACUACAAGGACAUGGACAGUGAUACCUGACAUGUUUCCUGGGUGUAAUGGAGGGGUUGAGGUGACUGAGGCACCUGCUGCUGUGGCUGAGGCGCCUCCUCUGGUUGCUGUUGUAAAUAAUGUUCUGUAUGCAGCAGAUUAUGCUCAAAAGGAGGUGAGGAGAUACAAAAAAGAUAGAAACUUGUGGGUCUCGAUUGGGAGAUUGCCCGACCAGGCUGUCUCGAUGAAUGGUUGGGGAUUAGCAUUUAGGGCUUGUGGAGAUAGGUUAAUUGUCAUUGGUGGGCCUAGGGGUUUAGGAGGAGGGGUCAUUGAGCUUAACUCUUGGAUCCCUGAUGAAGGCCCACCACACUGGGAUCUGUUGGUCCAAAAGCGCUCCGGCAGUUUUGUGUAUAAUUGCACCGUGAUGGGAUGCUGAGGUAUCUGUGCUGUGUGGAGUAGGAAUUUACAGUCUUCGCUUUUAAAUUUAAGGAGAUGGGAUUCCAGCUCGUUGAAUGCAUGCUAAUCUCGACCCUACUUUUUUAUGGAGAAAUAUGAUCAGGUUUCUAUUUAUAAAGAGUCAUGGGUACUUUCUUAAAAGGAGGUCUGGAGGCCCAGUACUUUCUGUUUUUUAUAAAUAAUUUCUUCACUACUUUCCCUUUGCGUUUUAGCUAUCGUGAGAGCUUUUCAAAGAUUGGCAUCUUCAUGUAGAGCAGACACGCAUGAAUAAUCUAAAGUCUUGGUACAUGUUUCAGGUUGUGAUUA